AUGAAGCCCUAUAUAGGCAUACCCCUCGUUGUUGGACUUGUCUAUCGAGCUUGGUCGCGCAAAUCCCUUACCCCGCUCGGCCUGGUUGUUGCGGGAUGUUCAGCCUCCGCGCACGCCCUCCAUCCAUGGUCGGCGCCAGUCGCACUCCUUGCGGUAUUCUAUUUUGGCGGUACUAAGGUUACAAAGCUUACAGGAUCGCAAUCACAGGUAAAACAUGAGAUUAAGUCGCGUUUGACCCUCUCUGCAACCGGUGCGGAAGGCGGCGAAGGCUCCCGGAACCAUAUUCAAGUCCUGGCGAACUCCGUUGUCGCUACCGUAUUAUCGAUCGCUCAUGCGGUUGUCCUGGGCAAAACAACAAACACCGAAUCGUGUUUCUCGCUCGGUCAGAAUGCGGCUGAUAUCUUGAUGGUUGGUAUUGUAGCAAACUACGCCGCUGUCGCUGCAGACACCUUCUCCUCCGAGCUCGGCAUUCUUUCGAAAUCUAAACCCCGCCUGAUUACCUCACUGAAUCUCCGUGAAGUUCCCCCCCGUGCCGGCUUGAAGGAUCGGGCUCUGUGGACCAUAGCUAUGACUAUUUGGGGUGCAUUGGGCAGUGUUCUUGACAGUGUUCUUGGUGGGCUUUUGCAGGCCAGUGUUGUUGAUAAGAGAACUGGGAAGGUUGUAGAGGGGAGCGGUGGUAGGAAGGUUCUCAUUCACCCUUCCACAGGAAAGCCGGUUGUUCCUGCUGAUAGCACUGCUAGAACAACCGGUAGCAUACAUAACGCUGCAAUCCAUGGCACCCAGGUGACGAACGUCGUUGAGGAAAGUCGAGAGAGUCGUCGUCUUGAAACUGGUCAUGACUGGUUAGACAACAAUGGUGUCAAUCUCCUCAUGGCUGCAACUAUGAGUAUCGGGGCUAUGGGUAUUGCACAGUGGUUCUGGGAGUUGGAUGUCUUCGAGUUGCUGUAG